AUGUUGAGCUUCCGAAGCAUUCUCUAUCGUGGCAUUCGACUACUCUUCUGGGCCGCAUUUUUUUAUUGGUUGAGAGGUAUACUUUUGAUCAAUAGCCUUAUCUUAACAAUUAAGCCUCCAAGCACUCUGGCUCGUAAUCAUUUUGGCCUCACCAGUGUCCUGCCUUAUACAUCUAACGAGUCGUUUAUAGAAGACCGAUUUCUCGUAGUCAAGUACAACCGCUUGAUGAUUCCUGGCAUUUAUGCUUGGAACACUCUUAGUUUCUCCGUCAUGCAUAUGAUAUUAUAUGGCCUGCCGACAGUCUGGAUGGACCUUGAGCAUCUACUUUUUAGGAAGCCCAAACAAGUUAGCAUCUCUGGAGUUACGACUUUAUCCGAGAAACAAGCUAGGCAAAAAUGUAUCUGGUCGGGAGGAGAAAUCGAGUUCUCUUGCCUUGCCCCAAGUCAACCCUCCUGCUUACUUGGAGUGCGCGAAGCUGGGCAGAUUUGGAAGUUAGGGUAA